GUCUCGUUCUCUCUAUAAGACUGCUCGAACCUCGACGUUCUCUGCUUCCCUUUCCCUCCACUACUCUCCCAGCCUAGACUUGUCUUCCCGUCUCAGACUUGUUCCCACAUCACUCUCAACCUAAACACAAUGCAUCUCUCCAUCGGAAACGUCGUCGCAACCGGCCUGGCACUAGCCAGCACCGCCAGCGCCGCUGGAAUCAACAUCCACAACUGGUGCAACCAGCCAAUCUACUUCUACCAAUCGACCAACGGCGGCUGCGACGCCGGCGCCUCGGGCCAAUGCCACUCCAACCCCUACACCGUGCAGCCCGGCGCGACGCUCACGCAGCUCUGGGUCAACAGCGGCUCUGGGACGAGCCUGAAGCUAGCCAAGGACGCGUCGUUCCAGGCCGGGAUCCUGCAGUUCGAGUACGCGCGCCCGCCAGACGGCCUGUACUGGGACCUGAGCGACCUGGACGGGGCCGGCGCCGGCGUCGUGGGGUCGCCGUUCCGCGACGACAACGUCAAGGUGUCGCCGACGGGGGCCGGGGCCGGGCAGGGGAACUGCACGCCGCUGCGCUGCCAGGGCGGGCAGACCUGCCGCGAGUCGUUCCAGAGUCCCGAUGAUGUCAAUACGCGCUGGUGCCCGGCGGAUAUAGGGGACUUCUGGAUCGAUCUUUGCCAGCCUGAUGGUUCGUUCUGGAACUAAGGGGUCGCGCCGGGGGUGGAUGAUGGGCCGGCUGGAGGUCUCUGGCUAAGGCGGGCUGUUAGUCGGCGAUUUUUGCGUUGUGUGACGAGAUCUAACCCUAAGUCGUUCAUUUUGGUGUCGGGGGCCCUUGGUGGUGGGUUUGAUGUAUCGUGAUAUUUCCUCUUUCUAGACGAUUGGGUUUCGAUUUUGGUUCGCAUUGUACUUGUACACGGAUGUGCGUUCCAGAUAAAAAGUCGACAAGGGAUCCAGUGUGUUUCUCUAGAAAAAUCGUCUUAGGUUCGAGAGUCAGUUCC